AUGUUUCGUCAAUUAAGAGCUUGGUUUUCAAAUGAUGUACCACAAGAACAUAAAAACUUUUGGAAUAAUAAUGGAGGAUUAACCGAUAAAACACCAAAUAGUGCUUAUUUUAUGUUUAUUUCAGAUCCAAAUUCAGUACAAUCAUACGAACAAAUAUGCACAAGUAAUAAAAAUUUUGAAGGUAUAUCAUGUAUCAACUCACUAUAUAUAGAGGCAUGUCGCGCAGCAGGUGAUUUAAUAGAGGCAACUAAUUUUGUUAUUUUAAGAGAUGAAGUAGAAAUAGAAUGUAAAGUAAAAUAUUUAGAAAAUAAGGCAAGUGAAGAAGAAAAAGCUCGUGUUGAAGAAGAAAAAAGACAAAAAAGAAUAGAAGAAAGAAGGAGAAGAGAGGAAAUUGAAAAACAAUUAGAGAUAGAACGUUUAAUUAAAGAAGAUCAGUUAAUUUCUAAAAAGAAAGAGUCUGAAAAAAAAAAUAAAGAAAUAAAAUUAAUUAUUGGUAAUGAAAAUUGUAAAGUUGAAGAUGUAGAUUCAUUUAUAGAAUCUAUGGAUGGUGCAGUUUUUGUAGAAUAUAAUAGAGGAAAAAAAUUCAUGGAAUAUGGUGAUGGAGAUUUUAACUUUGAAGUUUUUCAAGAUUCAAAUAAUAAUAGCGAUGACCAAAUUAUUGUUGAUGAUGAUUACAAUUUAAAUAAUAUAAAAAAUAACAAUAAUAACAAUAACUAUAAUUAUAAUAAUAAUAAUAAUAUUAAUAAUAAUAUUAAUGAUAAUAAUAAUAAUAAUAAUAAUAAUAAAAAAAGAAAAGAAUUAGAAUCAAAUAAACCAAUUUCAAUAGAUGAAUUAGAUGAAAACGAAAUUAUUAAACCAAAUAAAAAUCCAAUAUCAAAUAAUUCACCAAACACGAAUAAAAAGAAAUUUUCAUAUGACUAUGAUAGUGAUGAAUCAACAUCAAAAACUAUAAAGUCCUCAACAUCAAAUCUAGGUCCAAAAAGUUCUGAACACUAUAUAAAAAGCUGGGGAUUAGACGACGACGAUAAACCAUCAAAACCAAUUAGCUCAGGAAUUGUUAAAGGAGCACCCAAUAUCAAACAAAAACCCAUACCACCACCAAAAAAAAGAACUGAUUCAGACGAUGAAAGCUUUGAUAAAAACUUUGUUUCACCAACAAAACCAUCAAACUACUCCAAAAAAGAAAUUGAUGUAAAAGAUUCAAAAAGUAAUAAUAAUAAAAAUAAAAUUAAUAACAGCAAUAAUAAUAAUUCAAAUAUAUCAAAACCCGAUCUUAUUAUUAGUAUAGACGACGAUUAA